UCGCUUCUCGCGGCUAGGGUUUUAGGGUUUUUUUUUUCCCUUCUCCUCCCCAUUCGCCGGCAAGCCUCCGCUCCCACGCGGCGACGGUCUCCUCCCAUGGCGAAGAAGGGCGCGCCACGCAGGCAGCAGCCGGCGCCGGCGGCGCGGCAACUGGCCGUGGCGAAGAAGGGGAAGGCCCCCCCGAAGGCGGCGAAGAGGGCGCCGAAGAAGAAGCAGGAGCUGCUCGAGCCGUCCUCCGACGACUCCGAGCUGGAGCAGCAGCAGGAGCGGCUCCAGGAGGUGGAGGAGGAUGAGUCAGGGUCGGACCUCGACGCCCCCUCGGACUCCGGCGCCGAGGAGCUCUCCGACUCCGACGAUGCCUCCUUGGAGGGAGGAGACAGCGGCGACGAGGAGGACGAUGACGAGGAGGAGGAGGAAGAUGACGACGACCCCCUCGCUGACGACUUCCUCGCUGGAAGUAGUGACGACGAAAGUGCCGAAGGAGAUGACUCCGGAGUGGAUUCAGAUGAGUCUGACGACCUUGAGGCUAAGUCACGAGCAAUUGAUGAAGCGAAGGGGAAGGCAGAAGAAGAAGCUGAGGAGGAACUCAAACUCAAUAUUAGAUCAGAAUCUGAUGAGUUCCGAUUGCCUACAAAGGAGGAGUUGGAGGAAGAGGCACUUAGACCACCAAACCUGCCACAUCUUAAAAGGAGGAUAUCAGAAAUUGUCCGGGUACUCUCAAACUUUAGUAAGCUAAGGCAAAAAGAUGUGCCGCGAAAGGAUUAUGUCGAUCAACUCAAGACUGAUGUAAUGUCAUACUAUGGAUACAAUGAUUUUCUUGUUGAAGCAUUUAUUGAGAUGUUCCCAGCUGUUGAGCUUGUUGAGCUACUGGAAUCUUUUGAGAAAAGACCACCUGAGUGCUUGCGGACGAAUACAUUGAAGACCCGGAGAAGGGAUCUUGCUGCUGCUCUUAUACCAAGAGGAUUUAAUCUGGAUCCGAUAGGGAAGUGGUCAAAGGUUGGUCUGGUUGUAUAUGACUCCACCAUUUCAGCUGGUGCCACUGUUGAAUAUAUGGCUGGGCAUUAUAUGAAACAAGGUGCAAGUUCUUUCUUGCCUGUGAUGGCUCUUGCUCCUCAGGAGAAGGAGCGAAUUGUUGAUAUGGCGGCUGCCCCAGGUGGCAAGACUACAUAUAUUGGAGCUCUUAUGAAGAAUACUGGAAUAAUUUAUGCAAAUGAGUUCAAUGAGAAAAGGUUGCAUGGACUUUUGGGCAACAUACAUCGCAUGGGUGUUACCAAUACCAUAGUUUGUAAUUAUGAUGGUAAAGAGCUACCCAAAGUUCUUGGGAUGAAUUCGGUUGACAGAGUUCUUUUGGAUGCGCCCUGCACAGGCACAGGGACCAUUUGGAAGGACCCACAAAUUAAAACAUCGAAGGGCAUUGAGGACAUCAGAGACUGCGCUUUUGUACAAAAGCAACUCCUGUUAGCAGCUAUUGAUUUGGUUGAUGCCAACUCCAAAACUGGCGGUUACAUUGUUUACUCAACCUGUUCGUUGAUGAUUCCGGAGAAUGAGGCAGUUAUUGACUAUGCCCUUAAAAAGCGAAACGUAAAGCUUGUGCCUUGUGGAUUAGAUUUUGGACGUCCAGGAUUCAUCCGGUUCCGAGAGCAUCGAUUCCAUACUUCUUUAGAUAAAACAAGGAGGUUUUAUCCUCAUGUGAACAACAUGGAUGGAUUUUUUGUUGCAAAGCUGAAAAAGUUGAGCAAUACAAUCCCAGUGACAUCCGAGUCAUCUAAAGUGCCUGAAGAAGCAAUUGAGAAGACUGAUCCUAGCAGCGACGAUCUUCAAGAACAGCCCAUUCAGUCAAAAAUACACAAAGAUGUGAAGAAGAUGAAUGAAGAGACAACCAUCCUUGAUGGGGUGACUGAGGACAAACAACAGACACAUGAUAGGCCUGAAAAGACGCUCAAAAACCAUAAGAAGGGUGAGAAGAAACGGAAUGGCCCUGGCAGUGGUAAAAAAGAAACACACAACGAAAAAGAAGAGCCUACAAGUGAAAAAAAGCAGCCUGUGUCUGCUAAAAUUAAAAAAACUGUUCCCAAGAGAACAUCAGGAACCAAAGAAAAGAAGCCAGAUACUGACCAAGGAGGGAAGAGGAAAAGGAACUGGAUGGUUAGGCGAGAAUGGGAAGCUUAUAAGAAGUCGAGGAGUAAAAAGGUAUGAAAAGCACGGGUGAAGGAACUCUAGCUGUAGACAAAUUAUUGCAGUGAAAUUUGAUAACCCCAUGAGGGAAGAUGUUUAAAAGGAGUAACAAAACUCUAGCCGUAGACAAACUGCAGUGAAAUUUGAUAACCUACAUGCGGGGAAGAUGUUCAAGAAGAGACAAAACACAGUUUUGCCGUUGGUUAUGUUCGUGGUGAAGGAAAAAAAUUUGUUGUACUAGAAGUGAUCGUGUGUAAUUUUACCCCUUUUCCGUCUUGGUUUAAUGUAUCAAUAACUUAUUUUGUCAUGACACUAACGCAAACUCUCAGAGAUGAGUGUUAUGAACAUACGAGGGGAGAGAGAGAUGUGAUUUACUUCAUC